GCUGAACAUAGGCUUAAUUAAAAUUUCUUCAAAUAAUCUAAAAGAAAAUAUAAACCAUAACUAAAUCUAAAUACUAAAUACAUAUUCUUUUAAGAGGGGGAAAGAGAGAAAGUGACACUGCUCCGGCGUCGUAGCUGCCAGGGGAGGGGGCAAGUUCCAGAAGCUAGAAAUGAAGAGCGUUCCCAUUGGUUCCCUUUUGAAGUAAUUUGCAUGACCACGCCUCCCGUCUUUCCCCACCUCCCCUGCCUCCUUCGGCUGGCUUGAGCGUGCGGGGUAGUGCAGUGUCGGAGUCGGGGAAGAGCGGACGGCGAACUGGGAAGCAAGGGAGGGGCGUUUCGUGGUUUUUCUUCGCCGUGCGUUCUUCUGCCCAUGCGGAGCGCGUAGGGGGACCGCAUUUGCCGGGCGGACCUGGUCGAAAGUCAGGCCAGACGUGGGUGCUGCGAAGUUCAAGCCCGCGAGAGAGGAGCGGAGGCUUUCGGGGCGACGCCGACGACUUUCUCUUUUUAAAGUUUCCGGCUGGUGCAGCAUGAAGUGCAGUGAUGGCAAGGAGAGGUAAGACGGUGGUGAGGACGCUGGAAGAUCUGACGCUGGACUCGGGGUAUGGUGGUGCUGCAGACUCCGUCAGGUCCUCCAACUUGUCCCUCUGCUGCUCCGAUUCCCCUCACUCGGCUUACCCCUAUGGAGGAAACAGCUGGCAGCAGCCUCUAACUGACUCCAUGCACAGUCGGCACAAUAGCUUCGACACCGUCAACACUGUCCUGGUGGAAGACUCCGAAGUGCUGGACUGCUCCGGGCAGCACUGCUCCAGGCUGUUGCCUGACCUUGAGGAGGUUCCUUGGAGCCUCGACGAAGUGGAAGCGGUCCUCCUCCCGCAGCGCAAAGAGGCCAGAGGGCUGGGGGUGGCCCACGCCGCCAGCUCCAGCAGCGCAGCCAGCUCCACCACCGUCAGCAGCAGCGGCGGCGGCGGCGAUGGCGGCGGCCCCCCUUGCAGAGACGCCUUGGCCAGACUUUCCAUCUUGAUCAGCCGGGCGCUCAUCCGGCUGGCCAGGGAGGCUCAGCGGCUGAGCCUGCGCUUCGCCAAAUGCACCAAGUACGAGAUCCAGAGCGCCAUGGAGAUCGUCCUGGGUUGGAGCCUGGCUGCCAGCUGCACGGCGGCCGCCCUCAGCGCCUUGUCCCUCUACAACAUGAGCAGCAGCGGCGGCGACCGCUUCAGCCGGGGCAAGUCGACCCGCUGCGGCCUCACCUUUUCGGUGGGCAAGUUCUACCGCUGGAUGGUGGACAGCCGGGUGGCCGUGCGCAUCCACGAGCACGCCGCCAUCUACUUGACCGCCUGCAUGGAGAACCUCUUCCGAGAGGUUUACGCCAGAGUCCUGCAGCUCGCCGCCUCGGCGCCGCAUCACCAGCCCCAGACGCAGCCCCACCAAAACAAUCCCCCGCCGCAGCCGCAACAGGCUCAGCUGCACCACAGGGGCCCCUGCUCAAGCGCCGGCUCUGGCGGGACCUGCGCCGCCUCCGCCGCCAGUCUGCCCCCUGCUGCUGCUGCCGCCGCCGCCGCCACCGCCAGCAAGGAGCGAGAGACGAACAACGGCGGCGGCGGCUGCAGCCUGACCGCUAGCGAAGCGCCAAAGUUUACGCUCGAGUCCCUGGAGCAGACGGUCAAUAACGAUUCGGAGCUGUGGGGCCUGCUGCAGCCCUACCAGCACCUCAUCUGCGGGAAAAACGCCAGCGGUGUUCCUUGUCUGCCAGAGAGUCUGAAUCUUCACAAAGAACAGCAAAGGUCAAAUAAGCCAGGAGAUGUCCAGAUAUUUAGCCAAUCAGAAUUGCGAACCAUCGAACAGUCGCUGCUUGCUACACGCGUGGGAAGUAUUGCAGAACUUAGUGACCUGGUGUCUCGGGCAAUGCACCACCUCCAGCCACUCAGUGCAAAGCAACAUGGCAACACGACACCCUUACAUCACAGGCAGGGGUCGCUCUACUGGGAACCGGAGGCCUUGUACACUCUGUGUUAUUUUAUGCACUGCCCACAAAUGGAGUGGGAGAACCCCAAUGUGGAGCCUUCCAAAGUCACAUUACAGACAGAAAGGCCGUUUAUAGUGCUGCCCCCUCUGAUGGAAUGGAUAAGAGUCGCUCUGGCUCACGCAGGGCACCGUCGCAGCUUCUCUGUGGAUAGUGAUGAUGUACGACAAGCAGCCCGGCUGUUGUUUCCAGGAGUUGACUGUGAACCUCGGCAGUUAAAAAUUGAUGACUGCUUCUGUGCUUCUCGGAAACUGGACGCAGUAGCCACAGAAGCAAAGUUCAAGCAAGAUCUAGGGUUCCGGAUGUUGACCUGUGGCCGAACAGACUUGGUCAAGCAGGCCAUAUCUUUACUGGGGCCAGAUGGAAUUAACAGCAUGAGUGAACAGGGUAUGACUCCAUUGAUGUAUGCUUGUGUGCGGGGUGAUGAGGCUAUGGUCCAGAUGUUACUGGAUGCUGGAGCAGAUCUAAAUGCUGAGGUUGUCAAUACUCCUCAUAAAUAUCCAUCCGUCCAUCCUGAGACCCGUCAUUGGACCGCCCUGACAUUUGCUGUAUUGCAUGGACAUAUUCCUGUAGUCCAGCUACUACUGGAUGCAGGAGCCAAAGUAGAAGGUUCUUUGGAACAUGGUGAGGAAAACUAUUCAGAAACACCCUUGCAACUGGCAGCAGCUGCUGGAAAUUUUGAAUUGGUUAGUCUGCUUUUGGAGCGAGGUGCUGAUCCUAUGAUUGGAACAAUGUACAGGAAUGGAAUUUCCAUGACUCCACAAGGUGAUAUGAACUCCUUUAGCCAGGCUGCUGCACAUGGACACAGGACUGAACAUGCGCAGCUAGCAAGAUGUAAGCAUAUCAGGAAUGUGUUUCGUAAGCUUCUUGCUCAACCAGAGAAGGAGAAGAGUGAUAUCUUAUCCCUGGAGGAGAUAUUGGCUGAAGGCACUGACUUGGCAGAUAGCACGCCUGCUCCUUUAUGUGCAAGCCGCAACAGCAAAGCCAGACUCAAAGCUCUGAAAGAGGCAAUGUAUCACAGCGCUGAACAUGGAUAUGUGGAUGUAACCAUUGACAUCAGGAGUAUAGGUGUUCCAUGGACUCUCCAUACGUGGUUAGAAUCUUUGCGAACUGCUUUUCAGCAACAUAGAAGGCCCCUCAUCCAGUGCUUGCUAAAAGAAUUUAAAUCUAUCCAGGAGGAAGAAUACACUGAAGAACUCGUCACACAAGGAUUGCCUUUGAUGAUUGAAAUCUUGAAAGCAAGUAAGAAUGAAGUGAUUAGUCAACAACUGGCUGUCAUUUUCACUCAUUGCUAUGGACCUUACCCUAUUCCCAAGCUUACUGAAAUCAAACGCAAGCAGACAUCUCGUUUAGAUCCUCAUUUUCUCAACAAUAAAGAGAUGUCAGAUGUUACAUUCCUUGUGGAAGGAAGACCAUUUUAUGCACACAGAGUAUUACUAUUUACUGCAUCCCCUAGGUUUAAAGCCUUGUUGUCCAGCAAACCCGCAUCUGAUAGCACUUUCAUUGAGAUCAGCUAUGUGAAGUAUCCCAUUUUCCAGCUUAUUAUGCAGUAUCUCUAUUGUGGAGGUUCAGAGUCUCUUCUCAUUAAAAACAAUGAAGUGAUGGAGCUCCUAUCUGCUGCUAAAUUUUUCCAGCUUGAAGCAUUGCAACGUCACUGUGAGAUCAUCUGUGCAAAAAGUAUCAACACAGAAAAUUGUGUGGAUAUUUAUAAUCAUGCCAAGUUUCUUGGAGUCACAGAACUAGCUUCUUUUUGUGAGGGUUACUUUCUAAAAAAUAUGAUGGUCUUAAUUGAAAACGAAGCUUUCAAGCAGUUGCUGUAUGACAAAAAUGGAGAUUCACCUGGCCAAAAUGUUCUACAAGAUUUACAGAGGACGUUGGCAACACGGAUCCAGUCGAUUCAUUUAUCAUCCUCGAAAGGCUCCAUUGUAUAAAGUUCUGGAAGUUUUUGAAGUUUCAUCAGAGACGCUGCACGUGAAAUGUUGCUGUUGUAUUAUCUUAAGCAAAUAUAUAAUUCUUUUCCUAUUGGAAUAUUACAUUGCAGUUAUGGGCCAAAGGUGCUGCCACUUACUUGAAUCUUCUUUUGGGCAAGAUGUUGUGGUACAAGUGACUCCCGGGCAUUUUUGGAACUACAAGGGUGCAUUGGUGUCCUGUGAAUAACUGUUAUUCACAUUCUGGGUGCAGAAGUGUUGUUGUGUAGCUAAUGCCAGCAGAAGAUGGGCUAAGUGCUGAUAAAGAGCAGAAGCCCUGAAAGAACAAGAAUGCCAUGGAACAAUUCUUUGACAAAACCAACAUAUCAGGUUUUUAUUACACAACGGUCUGUUUUGUUUCUUAUUUUCUUGUUUGGGAGGAAAGGCUAAGUCCUGUAAUAGUUCCCACUUUCAAAAUCCAUUGUAUUACACAUUUAAGAAAUAUAGGACUGGAUUACUUGCAUAUUAGCAAAAAUAAAAACAAUGAUAAAACUGUUAAAAAUGUGAAAACAUAUUUUCACAAUUUGUUAGUGAUGGGAUUUUUUUUUAGAUGUUUCCUAAAUAAAUGGGAUGGCUCUGAA